AUGGGUCACGAACAUUCACACCACCAUCAUCAUCCUCAUCAUUAUCCUCAUCAUCCACCUCAUUAUCCAGCGCCUACUCAAUUUCCACAUCAUCAUAUACCACCACCAGUGCCACAAUAUUAUCCACCUUCAGUGCCACAGUACUGUCCACCACCAUCAGUGUCUCCAUAUUGCCCACCACCACCACCACCAUCAUUUGAUCAUCAUCAUCAUGGUCAUCAUGGUCAUCAUGGUCAUCACGGUCAUCACGGUCAUCAUUGA